AUGUUGUUAAUCCAUCAAGUUGGUAGUGUCCGCGUUGGGGAAGUCGUUAGAUACACGAUUAAAUACACCCCGGCAGCCGAUCCGAUCCUGCCCAUUCCUUCGAAUCUCUACGUGAGAGUGAAGAACACAUCUGCCAUCCCGUUGCGCGCCGCAUACCUCCAUGGCCCGUACACGCUAUACGCCGCUUGUUAUCCCUCGCAGUUUGACCCCAACACCAAAUAUGAGCGACAGGAUCUGGAAGGUACACCGCAGUUUGAGCCCUACCUAAAGGCCGGAGGUGGUUGGGAUGCCAUCAUCAAGGUGCCGGUUAAUCUCCAGGAAGCCCACGACUUUGGCUCUCCGGGUCAAGGUGGACCGGCAAGUGGACAUAGCGUUAGCUGGAUUGUUGAGAUACAAUCGCAGGUGAUAUUUUCAAGUAGCGCAGCGGUGCAUUUUGAGCUGCUGGUGGGCCGUGAUGAAAAGUCGCUGGCAUAUUUCUCGGGCGGUGCAUGGGGUAGCGGAAGUGGCUCUCCGGGGCCUCCGGCAAAGUUACAAGAACAUUGGCUGCCUGAAACUAGAGGCAGUCAGGUGCUUGCCUCGAAAGGCGUGUACUCAAAAUCAAUCGCUCUUCAUAUCGACGAUACAACUAGUCUAUGGAGCAGUCCACCAUUCCCCUCGGCGCGGCCGGCUUCCAAAGAUGUUGACCGGAAGAGUCAGGACCGGCAACCUCUGUGUGACAAUCCAGCACCGAAGGACUCUACUGAAGCUCCGAUAAAAAGCGCCAAGAAGAAGGUGCAUCUCGUGUUACUGACACACGGGUUGCACAGCAACCUGGGUGCAGACAUGCUCUAUUUGAAGGAGAGCAUUGAUGCAGCCAUGAGAAAGUCUAAACAGAAAGACAGUCAAGCCAAGGCCCCCCACGUCAGCCCUGUUGGACCGGAUGGUCGAGAAACCCCGACAAGUAAAUCUAGUCAUGUUGAGGAGGAGCAAAAUAACCAGUCUAGUGAUAACCCUGACGAUGACGACGAAGAGGAAGUCAUUGUCAGAGGGUUCUCUGGCAAUGCUGUUCGGACUGAGCGUGGGAUUCAAUACCUCGGCAAACGGCUUGCCAAAUAUGUCCUGCUUCUCACAUAUCCCGAUCAACCCUAUUUCCCUCUGAAGGGCACAAAAUCGAACCCAUUUUCUCGACCCUUUAGUGCUCGCAAGGAGCGAGUUCAACCUUUUGCUCAUUCGGCUGAAUCAACCCCCCAAGAGAAUGCCCAUGAAUUUCAAAAUGAAGACCAUGCUUACCAGAUUACGAGCAUUAGUUUUCUUGGCCAUUCUCUUGGCGGACUGAUUCAGACAUAUGCAAUCGCAUAUAUCCAAAAGCAUUCGCCUCAGUUCUUUGAGAAAAUCAGGCCUGUUAACUUUAUUGCUCUUGCAACCCCUUUUCUUGGUCUCAGCAAUGAGAAUCCAAUGUAUGUUCGAUUUGCAUUGGAUUUAGGUCUAGUUGGCCGUACCGGCCAAGAUCUCGGAUUGAGUUGGACGGCACCGAAAGUUCGAAGUGGCUGGGGUGCUAUUAUUGCCGGAAGAGGAGAGUCUGCAAAAGACCCCGGCCAUUCGGAUCCUGGCUCCAAGCCACUUCUACGGAUUCUUCCUUGUGGUCCUGCUUACGAGGUUCUUAAGAAAUUCCAGCAUCGUACGGUGUACUCGAAUGUGGUGAAUGAUGGGAUAGUUCCUUUGCGGACAUCUUCUCUUUUGUUCUUAGACUGGAAAGGUCUGGAUCGGGUUGAAAAAGCGAGGAGGGAUAAUGGGCUUGUUGGAACUAUGGCCGAAUGGGGGUGGGCAGAGUUGACAGGCGCCAACUCGAAAUCCCCGAAAUUCGCUCGCCCCGAUGGAGAGCUGCCUUUGGGUCUUCCAGCAAUGGAGAUCGGUCAUCAAAAUGCAUAUUCUGCGACUCAGGUUCCCCCAAGGCCCACAGACGACAUUUUGGACGAAGAUACAAUCUCCCCGAAGCCGGCACAAUUCCUAGCACCACCCGGUCGUGUGUCCAACCAGAGAAUUCCAGAGGAGGGCAUCGUGAAGGAAAAUCCCUCGGGAAAUGCGCCUUCCAGUCCCCUGGACAGCUUCUUUUCGCUAUUUCGCCUUAAUCAGGGCAAGAACCCCCCGAAUAGCAAGAACGCUAGGAUUUAUAAGCGUAGCCAGACCCUGAGCACUUUUGAGACUGGCGAUGGCGAUGGCAUAAUGCCCAUUACUCAUGGGCCUUCCUCGCACGAGUACGAAGGAAUGCACACACCUCCAAAGACAACAUUUUUCGAGUCUGCGGGAGACUUGUUGAUGCCGCCUUUACCACCCGCGGAUUUCAUUUUGGACCCUGCCGCGCGACCCCGGACAAUCUUCCACGACCGCAUCUACCACCCAGAGGAUAUACCACUCCCUUUACCGACAAAGCGACGCACAUUAGCAUUUGGUUCGCUACAGGGUAAGCAAUCGAAGUCGGCACACACUCAGCAUCCAUCUCCUAGCAUCGCGGACAACGAAAGUGGCCUCAAGGUCGAAGAAAAAAUUGCGAGAGCCUAUCACCGUGAUCUGACCUGGCGAAAGGUUCUUGUUCGACUUGAACCCGAUGCCCACAAUAACAUUAUUGUGCGGCGCAUGUUCACCAAUGCCUAUGGCUGGCCUGUUGUGAAACACUUGGUUGAUACACAUUUCGGCCAUACGCCCGCUGCGGAAACUGACGAUGCUCUGAAGCAAAAUGUGGAGAGGGCCAAGUCUCCAAAUGUUGGUCCGACUAGUUCGGGUGAUGAGGUUGAAGGGCAGUCCGAUUCUGUCAAUCCAGGUUCAGUAAGAGAUACAGGCGAUUUGCCAAAUGUAUCCGAUCUCCAUGUAUCGGAUGAUCUAUCUUCUGGUCCGAGUGACGCCUUCCUGGCCGAAGGUGAAUCGCACAUGAGCACCAGUGACAGAAAUCUUGUAUCGAGGCAGGAUUCAGCACGAUGGACUGAUCGUGAAGUCGUCGAGGAUGACAGCGACUCUGGCUUCGAAGUGGAAACUAACGCUGGUUUCCGUCACAUAUCAUAG